AUGUUGAGUGAGGUGGCCUUCCUAGCAGUACUGGUGGCAGCUUUUGCCUGGAGUACAAUGCUCUGUGAAGAUACUAUCUCUGUGCAGCUGGGAAGUGGAAGAUCGACUCGAGAGAGGAUCUUUUCAUUCUUCACCCUGGAGACAGCGGAGGGGAGUCACGCGUCAGAGGGCGACGAGCGCUUUGCGUUUGCCCUGCCUCCAGAGUUUGCGUUGAAUGGCAAAAUAACCCCCCCUACUGACACUUCGUUGGUUGCGCUCAGUUUGAAUCCGUCGGGGCAAAACGAGGCCGCGACGCCAACGGACGCCCUAGAAACAACGGCGGUUGGACUGUGGCGGCCUGAGAACACCGGCUGUGCCGCAGCUCCCUCUCCCUUGGUCAUCGUCGCCAGGCUCUGCCUCGUCUCCCUCUCUCUGCUCUCCCCUCCCAGCGAAGCUCCCCAAAGCCUUUCCAUGUCAGAGCUCCUGGAAGCAGCCAAUGAACUUUCAAAAAUGACCAUAGCACAUGAAAUUGUAGUAAACCAAGAUUUCAGAUUACAAGAUGUGAACCUCUUACCAAACAGUUUGGAAGGCAGAGUCAAGGAGGCGCUGCACAAAGCUUUUUGGGACAGUCUGAGAGAAGAGCUUUCCAAAACACCACCAGACUAUUCCCAUGCUAUCAAACUAAUCCAAGAAAUCAAAGAGAGCCUACUAUCCCUGAUCCUGCCCCGGCAGACCCGAUUGCGGAAUCAGAUUCAAGAUGCUCUAGACGUAGAGCUAAUAAAGCAAGAGGCUGAGCAUGGGGCUUUGGACAUCCCCGCCCUUACCACAUAUAUUCUGGGUAUAAUGGCAAUGCUCUGUGCACCUAUCAGAGAUGAGGAAAUACAGAGACUACGAAGCAUAUUAGACCCUGUUCAUCUGCUCAGAGAGAUCUUUCGGAUUCUGGACCUAAUGAAAAUGGACAUGGUAAAUUUUACCAUACGAGCCCUCCAACCUUAUCUCCAAGAGCACUCUGUCCAGUAUGAGAGGAAAAAAUUCCGGGAGCUCCUGAACAAACUACCAAGUACAUUUAUUGAAGGCAGCCUGCCAUUUACAACCGAGUGGCUACGCACAGCAGCAGCUAAAGUAUCAGCUUCUGAUUUGGUACCAUCGUCAUCCAACUCUGAGACCAGUGGAUCAUCUGUUCCACCACGUGAAGUGGCUGCUGGAGAAGUUUCGAUCUGUAGUCCUACCGCUGUGCUAAACCAAGCAUACAUGGACUUGCUGCAUUGGGAACCAGGAAAAGACUAUCCUGAAACUAUGUUGAUGGACAGAGACCGUGUACGUACCCUUCAGAUGCAAGUAAAUCAACUGGCCAUUAUUGCGGCAGUCGUACUAGUGAGCAGCAACAUAUGUGCAAAUGUGGUGUCCAGCUCACUGGGGUGUAUAGAUAGACUGAAAUGGGUAACAAAAGCCCUCAUGGAAGGGCUUCCCAACACAAGGUUAGAAGAUGCUUUACUGGACAUCAGCAAUCGAAUCCCUCAGGAAGUAAACAACAUUCUGGUCCAGCUGGGGUACCCUGCUCUCAGCAGUGACAAGGCUGCUUCACUUAAAGGCCAGAUUAGGAGCAUUGCAGACAAGGACAAUGCAGUACGAAUGGUGAUUGAGCAACGGAUUCAGACUUUUCUAGGGCAAUGUGUGUCUCCUGGUGGCCAGAACUCCAAGAAUCUCCCACAAGGCCUUGCUCCUGUUCAGGAAGAACUGCUGGAAGUUGGCCAGAGAUUUGGCAAUUUGACUGUUCAUAACAGACAGGUGUUUGGUCCCUACUACUCGGAAAUACUGAAGAAUUUUCUGCUUCCAGAGGGGAAGAAGGCAGGAGGGAUAGAUUCCUCCUAA